CCAGAAGAUUCUAUAUAAGGAGCAGUUUUAAGCGUCUUCUGAACAGAGCGCAGUGGGAGCGCCACGUGUGCAAAGGUCCCGACGUGUGAACCAGGAUGGACAAGCGGAUCCUGGAAGGCUUUGCGUCGGAGUUCUGCCUAAGGCUUCUGCUGUUUGCCAUAUUCCUGGUGACCGAAACGAUGCACCCCUUCCACCGAGUGAUCCAGCCGGAAGAGAUGUGGCUUUAUAGAAACCCGUACGUGGCAUCUGAUCGUGUGCCCACUAACAGCAUGUUUUUGAUCUCCUUCCUGUCCCCUGUUUCGGUGGUGGUUUUGGCACGUCUCUGCCGGCAAGCAGAUUAUACAGAUACACGAGAAGCCAGCCUUGCUGCCACUCUCUCGCUUGCCUUGAAUGGCAUAUUCACAAACACUGUAAAACUCAUUGUGGGAAGGCCGCGACCAGACUUCUUGUUCCGAUGUUUUCCAGAUGGAAGGGAAUCUCCAGGGCUACACUGCACUGGUGACCCAGAGCUUAUCAUCGAAGGCAGGAAGAGUUUUCCAAGUGGUCAUUCCUCAUUUGCCUUUGCGGGAUUGGGGUUCACAGCUCUGUACAUUGCUGGGAAGCUUCAUUGUUUUUCCUCUGCUGGCCGGGGACACUCGUGGAGACUCUGCAGCUUCUUGGCCCCUUUACUCUGCGCUAUAGCCAUCGCAUUGUCCCGCACGUGCGACUAUAAGCACCACUGGCAGGAUGUGGUGGUUGGUGGUUUUAUCGGACUUUUAUUUGCAUACGUUUGCUACCGACAGUAUUAUCCCCCUCUAACGGACCGGGACUGUCAUCUACCAUACAGGACCAAAGGGAGAGUAUCGGGGACCAAGGAGAGGAAACUGAGCACAGCUGGCUACAGCCUGGAUGUAUGAUAAUCCCGCAGGGGAGGAAUAGGAACAUCUGGAAACUGUGAUAUUUCUCUUCUAAAGACCUGCCGUCGCUUUUCUGCUUUGGAGAGCAGCUGAAGCAGCUGGUUUAUUUGGGAGUGAAAGGUGUUAAAUUGGCUUCCUCCUGGAGGUUUUUUAAUCUGUUACCGUGCAUUUUUGUUACUGAGCGGACUGUCUGCUCAUUACCAGGAAUGUGAUAAACUUGAUGGCAUUCCUUGUGGAAGGGACCCCGAUAAGUGUUUGGACUCCACAUAAUUCUGAUGAGAUUAAUUUCACAAUUAGAAUUAAUUUGCAUUAAAUAAAUGUUUUAAUCUCGAA